AGGCGCAGUGCGCCUCCGUGCUGGGCGUUCUGGCCUUUGUCCGCAGGGCUGCGGAAGGUGAAGCCCGAGACUGAGCGAGCGUGGGUGUGGGGGCAGGGGCAGGUGCAGGUGGGGCCCCUAGCAUGCGGCUGCUGGACUACGGAGGCGCGGGUCCCAGCUCUGCAGCAAGAAGGGAGUGAAGACAGCUGGCUCUGACCCCUUGCCCAGAGCUCCAGGCUUGAGGAAGGGAGCCACGGACCAUCCUGGCCGGGGGUUCUGGCCAAGGAGCCGGCGAGCAUGGACCGCUUCUUCCUGAUGCUCGAGGGGAGAGGCCUGCCUUCCCAAGAGUUUGCCAUUUCCAAAGAAUGGAGGAUAGAGGAGGAGGAGGGAGAAGAGGAAGGAAUGGCCUCGAGACUCCUGACAGCCAUGGCCCAGCGUCCUGUGACGUUUCGGGACGUGGCCGUGCACUUCACCUGCGAGGAGUGGAGCCACCUGGAUCCCGCCCAGAGGGCCCUGUACAGGGAGGUGAUGCUGGAGACCUUUGAGAACCUCGUGUCCCUGGGGCUUCCUGUUUCCAAGCCUCAGGUCAUCUGCCAGUUGGAGAGAGGAGAAACCCCGUGUCUGCCUGAGACAGAAGUGCCACAUCCAGAUUCCCUCAAUUCAGGGACCAAGUAUGAAAUAAACGACUGGAUUCCAAAGCAUGGCCUUUUUAUGGGAGCAUCAUUGAAGGAAAGACCAGCAACCAGGAAUGGUCCCUGGAAUUCCAAGAUGGUAGAAGCUUGGGACCUUGAUGUCAUGGGAGAGGGGCAGAAAGGCAACCGAGAGAUACAAUCCAGACAGAUAACAGUCACUUCCAGAAAACCUUUGAAUAAAGUGAGCUUCCCUGAACGCAAUCCAGCUGACAGGAGUUUUAGUCUAGAGUCGAUCUAUGUUCCACAACAGAGGGUUUCUACGGAGAAAAGUCUUCAUAAAUAUGAUACUCUUGUUAAGAGCUUCAAGCAGUUUUCAGACUUAAUUGAUUGUAAUAGACUCUCCUUGGGAAAGAAGCUUUGUAAAUAUAAUAAAUCUAGGAAUCCUUUUAGUUACCACUCAGACCUUAUUCAGUUUCAUAAAAUAUAUAAUGGUGAAAAGAUAUAUGAAUGUAAUGAAUGUGGGAAAACCUUUGGGAAAAAAGCGUACCUUACUCAGCAUCAGAGAAUUCAUACUGGAGAAAAACCCCAUAAAUGUAAUGUAUGUGGGAAAGCCUUCAGUCAUAGGGAAAAUCUGACUCAUCAUAAGAGAAUUCAUACAGGAAAGAAACCCUAUCAGUGUAAUGAAUGUGGCAAAGCCUUCAGUCAGUGGGGAACUCUAACUGCACAUCAGAGAAUUCAUACUGGAGAGAAGCCCUAUAUAUGUAAUGAAUGUGGAAAAGCCUUUUGCCAAAGAGGAACCCUUAAUGUUCAUAAAAGAAUUCACACUGGAGAGAAACACUUUGAAUGCAAAGAGUGUGGGAAAGCCUUUAGCAACAAUUCAUGCCUUAAUCUACAUCAGAGAAUUCAUACUGGAGAAAAACCCUAUAAAUGUAACGAAUGUGGAAAAGACUUCCGACACAGAGCAUCAUUUAUUUAUCAUAAGAGAAUUCAUACUGGUGAGAAACCCUUUGAAUGUAAUGAAUGUGGGAGAGCUUUCAGCAAGAAAGGAAAUUUUAUUGAACAUCAGAGAAUUCAUACUGGAGAGAAACCCUUUAUAUGCAGCGAAUGUGGGAAAGGCUUCAUCAACAACACACGUCUUAAUCUACAUCAGAGAUUUCAUACAGGAGAGAGACCCCAUAAAUGUAAUGAAUGUGGCAAAGCAUUCAGGCACAGGGGAAGUCUUAGUGCGCAUCGUAGAAUUCAUACAGGAGAGAGACCGCACAAAUGUACUGAAUGUUUGAAAGCAUUUGGCCAGAGGGGACAGCUUAUUAAACAUCAGAGAGUUCACGCAAGAGCGAAAGCACACAGUUUUGAUGAAUUUGGAAGACCCUUCACUCAGUGGGGAAGCCUUGCUGAACAAAAGAGGAUCCCUGUAAAAAAACCCUUUGUGUGUAAUGAAUGUGGGAAAGCCUUUAGCCAGAACUCAAACCUUAUUCUACAUCAGAGAAUUCAUACUGGAGAGAAACCUUUUGUGUGUGAAGAAUGUGGGAAAGCCUUCAACCAGAAGGGGAACCUUAAUGAACAUAAGAGAAUUCAUACUGGAGAGAAGCCUUUUAUAUGCAAUGAAUGUGGGAGAGCCUUCAGCCGGAGAGGGCACCUUACAGAACAUAAGAUAAUUCACACCGGAGAGAAACCCUUUGAGUGUAAUGAGUGUGGGAGAGCGUUCAGACGGAAGAGACAUCUUACCGAACAUGUGAAAAUCCAUACUCGAAAGUAACCCUUGGAAUAUGAUGAGUGUGGGAAAGCCAUUAGCCAGAAAAUACACCAUCAUGGACAUGGUGAAAAUUCAUUUGUGGUGAGAAUCUCCAUCAUGUAUUAAUGUGGAAAAGGCUUCAGGACCCUUAGGAAGCAUUGCAGAACUGAAGAAAAACAUGAGUAAUGGCAAAAUAGGGGGGGGGGGGGCUAGUUCAUCUCUUACAAGAUAUCAGAACUUAGCUCCUGACUACUGCAGAGCUGAAAGGGACCUUAGUGAUCAUCUAAUCCAACAUCCUCGUUUUCAGAAUCAGGAAACGGUGACAGAGAUAAAACGGCAGACAGCACUAGUGCUGGUGCUCUGCACCCAAAGGGCUCCCAUCCUGCCCCUGCUUGCUCCCUCUGUGACACUGGAUGAAGCCCAGGGCUUCCAUUUCCUCUUCUGUAAAAUGAAGCCAUUGGACUUUCUGGCCUCUGGGGUCCCUUCCUGCUCUCAGCCUAGGAUACUGUGGCCUGAACCCAGAUUCUCUGAUUCCAGUUUAAGGGUCUUCCCAUUGCACCACAUCUGAUGCUAAAAGUUGUGCCAUUUUUAUGGGGAAAAUUUCAUUACAACUUAGCGUUUGUUAAAUGCUAGAGAGUUGAGGCUGCAGUUGGUCACCUGCUCUAUCCUGGUUUGGUGCUUUGAGAGGCAGAAACACCUCCAGCCUCUUCCUGUCCCUCCUUACUCCAGAAUGCAUUUGCUGCCCUCAGGUGGCCUCCAUCAGGGCAGCCAGUGGGGUUGGUCUGAAAUAGCACCUGGACUGUAAUGUUAAAGAAAUAGAUAUAUUUUCAAUCAAAACCACCAAAAUGUUAUUUAUUUAGUUAUUUGUACAGAAUUUUCUGUUUUCCUUUUUAUGCUACAGUUAUUAGCCAUCCACAACCAAAAAAAAAUCAAAAUAAACAAGCAUAAAAAAUUGUUGUACAUUAAA